ACGUGCAUGUGUGUGUGCGUGUGUGUGCUUGCAUGUGUGUGUGUGCGUGUGUGUACGUGCAUGUGUGUGUGCGUGUGUGCAUGUGUGUGUGUGUGUGUGUGUGUGUGUGUGCGUUUUGGUGCUGCAGAAUGACGAUGAAGAGUUUAAAAGAAGGACAUGAGUUGAGGACACAUUUAGCUGAGAGGUUUGUGUUAGUGGUGUGAGGGUUAGAGUCUGACCUGCUGUCAGGAACCUUUAAUAGAACUGGGAUGAUUUAAAAACCUCUGAUUCUUCAUACGAUUCCCAAUAAUCUAGUUUAUUGUUUUUAUUAACAACUUCUAAUGAAUUUGCUCUUUUUGAUGAUGGCGAUGAAUUUUUCACAGGUGUCAUAUUUUACCUUCAGUGCCUACCUGGAUAUCGGGCCUUUGAAGUACUUUGUCUUUGUGUUAGUUCUGAUCCUGUACGUUUUAAUCAUUGGUUGUAACGUUCUGCUCAUCGUGGUGAUCUGUGUGAACAGGACUCUGCAUGAACCCAUGUACAUGUUUCUGUGCAGCCUGUUAGUGAAUGAGCUGUAUGGAAGUACAGGCUUGUUUCCCUCCCUGCUGAUUCAGCUUCUCUCUGAUGUUCACACCAUUUCUGCUCCUCUCUGUUUCCUGCAGAUCGUCUGUAUUUACAUGUAUGCAAAUGUGGAGUUUUACAACUUAGCUGCCAUGUCUUAUGACCGAUAUCUGGCUAUCUGCCACCCUCUUCAGUACAAAACACUGAUGUCCCUUAACAUGAUCGUCCGUCUGAUAGUUUUAUCUUGGUGUCUCCCUCUUUUUUAUGUUAUCAUAUUGACAUCACUAAGUGCCUCCUCUCAGCUUUGUGGAAAUAUUAUUGACAGGCUGUUUUGCAACAAUUAUUAUGUUGUAAAAUUAGCAUGCAGCAACACAACAGCCAGUAACGUUUAUGGACUUGUUUACACGUUCACCGUUCCCAUUGGUCUGGCUGUUCUGAUCGUCUACACCUACAUGAGGAUCCUCAGAGUCUGCUGCUCUGGUUCCGGUCAGACCCGGCAGAAGGCCGUCAGCACCUGCAUGCCACACCUGGUCUCUCUGCUAAACUUCUCGUUUGGUUGUUUUUUUGAGGUUUCCCAAGGCAGGUUCGACAUGAGUUACGUUCCACACAUCCUACGGAUUAUUUUGUCUGUGUACUUUAUCACGUGUCAGCCGCUUCUGAACCCGGUUCUUUAUGGAGUCCAGCUGAGGAAAAUACGAAUGAGCUGUAAAACUCUUUUCUUUAGGAAAAAGAAUCUGGCUCCAUGAGGGGAGGAGAGGGGAGUGAAGCUCAAGUCGACAAUAAAUGAAAGCACUGAUAUUGUUCAUAAAGUGUAUGAAACUUUAAAUCUCUCUUUAGAUGUUUGUAAAUAAAUGUGUCAACAAUACAUUCUCUAUGGUCAUGAUGUUUUAACACAUGACAGAAUAACAUAAUUUAAUGGGUUUGUUAUUAUUGUUGUUGUUGUUGUCAAUAUCAGGCAAGGCAGCUUUAUUUAUAAAGCACAUUUAAAACACAAGGUAAUUCAGUGUGCUUUACAAUUAGCAUGAAAUGACACAACAACAACAACAAACAGGAGAACACAAAUUAAUUCAAUUCAAGUUUGUUUAUCAAGCACCAAAUCACGACAAGCGUCGUCUCAAGGCACUUCACACAGUAAACAG